GUGUAAUGAUUUGGUUUUGUUGUUAUCAUUGAAUUAAACGUUUCAAGAUUUUUUACGAUAAUGGUUGCUGUUUAGAUUGACAAUACUGAGCACAAUUUAAAAAGUCUUGGGUAGUAAUUACUGUGACAGUAUAAUAUAUUAAUUUUGAUCGAGGUACACUUAUAGGCCUAAUUAAAUAUAUUUUGGACUAGCCUAGUUUCCAAAAUUUUUUAAUUACCGGGUUUAAAGAAUCACAGGCCUAUAACUUAUAGUUUAUCGGCCUUUUUAAAAAAUGUUAUGAAUAUAGAACAUAAGUUACAUAGGCCUACCUGAUUACCAAACAUACAAUAGUUUAGUUCAUCUCACUAUUACAAUAAGGAAGUUAAGUUGAGUAAGGUAAGCAAUUAGAACACUGGAACAACCCUAAGACAUUUUUUUCAUUAAAAAAAAUGGCUUCAGAAUUUGUUGUUGGUUGGGAACUUAUGUUUCACUCUGUAUCAGAAGACGUAAAGACUAAAGAAGACAUUUUGAUUACAUUGAUACAUUGGGUGUUGAUAAAAUCGAGAUUUCGCUGUAUUGGACUGGGUGACGAUAGCACAUUCACUGUCGAUGAACCUGGUAGCGAGCUACUUCCUAAAGGAUGGAAUACCAAAAGUACUUAUGCCAUAAAAUACACCCUGGACAGUCAGCUGUUCAUCCUUCGUGGUUUGCUUGUGGAUGAAGAGUUUAUCCUCAAUUUGGUUAGAGUUGCUGAUAAGAAUGUCUCAACACUGACACUACGUCACAACGACGUGGUGAAAGCCACUCAGGGGUCGUUGGAAAUGCUCGUUCCUACACAUACUGAGCUGUUUAACACAAUGAAAAAUGAGAUGAUAGUUCCACUAAUUAAGACGUCGAGCAAGGAAGCAACAACACAGACGGCAAAUGUACGAGUGUCCAACCAAUCUCCUAAUUUACUGGGUAGAUCACCAUCAGCCGAUAUUGAAUCCCAAAGGUCAAGGUAUGCAGAUCCAUUUGGAGUAGGCAGCUCUGAUGUCAAUCCCUUUGCUCCGCCCGGACAUGGGAACAUCUUUGAUCCGUUCAACAGAGAUCCAUUGAGGCCUUUCCCUGACCCUGGCCAAGGAAUACCAGGAGGAUUGCCAAGUUAUUUGGUGCCUCUUUGCAGAGGGGCUGUGCCUCCUGGAGCAAGGUUUGAUCCGUUUGCACCCCCGGACUUACUGCCUCGUCCCUCCAGACCGAGGUUUCCACCAGACUCCGAUCAUCUACCACCCCCAGGGUAUGACGACAUGUUCAUGUAAUAAUCUUUCAUGCAAACCUUGUAAACUAUUGUAUUAAAUAUUUUUACGAAAUUG